CAUCUAUAAAGCGUCGAAGUCAACUAAUCUGUCAGAAGGCAUAGGUAGCUUGGGUCCGCGCCGGAGGACAGUCGAUAUUUCUGUGCCAAUGCAUCUUCGCGCGCAGAACAUCAUAGUCAGUUGGCAACGCGAUACAGUCUAGGGCGCGCCUCCCGUUCCGGAUUCUCCUCUCAAUCCUGGAGAGCUAGAUGCUUCCGCCACGUUUCCCUCUCAGCCUACGGGCGCAACGUAUCUUGCUCGCCAUUGUACUCUUUUCUCUGCUUGUCUCCGCUGGUCAGGUCAACAGGACAAUUGACGACACCUACGGGGAUCUGGUGACCGGUUUAUUACCAACUUACACCAGCAACUGGAACCCUGGUCAGGGAUGCUCUGGCUGUGCAGUUCAACCAAGCAAGAGCGAGGCCUAUGCAGGGACAUGGCACGACACGACUUCGAACAAUCCGAAUAGUACUUCUGGCCACUAUGUAACAAUACAGUUCACAGGAACCGCGAUAUGGAUGAGCUGUAUCCUGGUCAACAAUGCUACAACAGGCAUAACCAUCUUCACCAACGUUAGCAUCGAGUUGGACAGUCGCGAAGCUGGUACCUACACCCAUGUUCCGGAUCCGACCGCUGCUCAAUACGUCUACAAUGUCACCGUCUUUGGCCAGACGGGGCUCAGCAACAACUCGCAUACGCUGGUGAUGACGGCGGUGCAGGGGUCUCAGCCGUCCCUCCUACUGUUCGACCGGGCCAUAUACACGUGAGUCCACACUGGCCUACUGUUUCCCUGCAAGCCGACAAUUGACACUCGUAAAGCUUUGAUGACGGCGAGACAAGCCUGUCCAGUACCUCAUCUGCGACGCAGUCAAGCACAGCGACGUCAAGCACAGGGAGCCCGAGUAGCACAGAUGCAGUCGUAGAUCAAACUCA